CAAGUCAAUGCAUCCAUCCCGGCAACUCUUUCAAAUUCUCUCCUCCUCUUCUCUCUUUGAUCUGCGCAAAGACAUUUUGCUUUAAUUUUCUCCUUCCGUCCCAGUCCUCGUCUGCUGUUCCUUGCAGGUUCAAACUUGUCUUCCCCUUCUUCUUCAAUGAUUUGGAUCUGGAGGUCAGUGAGACGGAAGCGUGUGGCAGUUAUGUCUUCACAAAUGUAGUGGAAGAUCUAGGUGCAGAGCUUCCUAGCGGUCGUUAAUCGUUCAAGUCACGAUUAGAUACUUUGGUUACUCCACUGCAACAACUUGGCCAAAAACUCAGCAGACAGCAACGAUGGUUCUUGGUCAGAAGACAGUUACUAGGAACAGUAAAAGGCCCUCUGUUCAACUCGAGUAUGUAAUCCAUAUUCAGGACAUCAAACCUUGGCCUCCAUCACCCCUACUCCGGUCCCUGCGCUCAGUCCUGAUUCACUGGGAGAAUGGUGAACGGAGUUCCGGGUCUACAAGGUCUGUCACACCCAAUCCCGGUUCUGUUCCCAAUGAUGGAAAGAUAGAAUUCAAUGAGUCCUUUAGACUACCAGUGACCCUUCUGAGAGAUAUGUCAGUUAGAACAGGAAAUGCCAUUACAUUCCAGAAGAACUUCCUAGCAUUUAACCUGUACGAACCUCGAAGAGACAAUAUCCUCAAAGGACAGCUGAUAGCAACCGCAAUAAUAGAUUUAGCCAAUUACGGAGUCGUGGAUGAGCCUUUGAGUGUAAGUGCUUUGCUAAACUGCAAGAGGAGCUUCAGGAACAUGGCUCAGCCAUUUUUGCACAUCAGGAUUCAGCCUAUUGAGAAGGGUCGAGCACAUUCCUCGUCAUGUGGGAGUGCCUCAAUAGAGCUGUCAGCAGGAGAGCAUGAUGGUGAAUCUAUUUCAGCCUCAUUGAUUGAAGAAUAUGCAGAGGAAGCAGAGAUAGCCUCUUUUACCGAAGACGAUAAUUCUUCUUUACCUCCCAUGAAGUCCAAUGGAAGCUCACCUAUCCAAAAUGAGCAGGUCAAAAGGGAACUCUGGAUCUUCUCAGGAACUGAUGCAACUAACCUGGAGGACACUGCUGCAGUGGAUAAAAGUGCAAUUGAGAAAGGCUACCUUCUAGAAGAAAAACAAUCUAUAGAAGAUGAUGGACUAAACAUAAUCUCAACUGAUAACUCUGUAGAACAAGGUCUCCCAGGGGAUGGUGCAUUUUCCUUCAGCUGGGAGAGUUUCAAUUUGAAGGACAAUCAUCACAUGGAUGAUGUGUCCACUGGGUCACCAUUGGAUACUGUUAGGACAAAUGGAUAUGGAAGUCAUAAACCCCUUGUGGGAGAAAGACAUCCAUGGGGAGCAAAAAACAAUAGAUACAACGAAAGAAAAGAAGCUACACUGUAUCCCAAGGAUCGAACAGGCACAGUAACCAAUGCCAAAGUCCAACAGUUGCAGCACAGAAUUCAAGGGCUGAAAGGAGAGUUGAGAGAAGCUGCUGCGCUCGAGAUUUCACUUUUUGCAGUCAUUGCAGAGCAUGGAUGUUCCAGCGCCAAGUUGCAUGCUCCAGCUCGGCGCCUUUCCCGAUUCUAUCAUCAUGCUUGCAGAGAACUUUCUCAACAGAGGAGAGCUAGUGCAGCUAGGAGUGCUCUUUCCGGAUUAGUAUUGGUGGCAAAAGCUUCUGGGAAUGAUGUCCCAAGGUUAACUUAUUGGCUGUCAAAUUGUGCUGUGCUGAGAGCGACUUUAAGCUGGACAGUCACGGAGGGAAAUUUUGUUCAUCCAUCUUCAAAUGGGAAGGAAUCUUUUCUGGGCAAGAGGGCAAACAAAAGUAAUGGAAAAGUUCCUGGCUGGGAUGAUCUCCAUGCUUUCAUAGGUGGACUCGAAAAUAUUGAAGCUUGGAUAUUCUCCCGAGUGGUCGAGUCUAUCUGGUGGCAGAUUGUGAUUCCACAUAUGCAAUCUGCUUCCGAGAAAGCAAGCAACGGAGGCAAGCAGUCUCGUGAAGCUUGGGCAGAGGACCAAAUGCAAGCUCACGUUUCAUUCAAACACUGGAAGAAAGUCUUUAAGGAGGCCCGUGAGAGGCUUUGUCCUGCUAAAGCGGGAGGGCAAACUUGUGGCUGCUUGCCUGUGCUUGCUAGAUUGAUCAUGGAGCAGUGUGUAGCAAGGUUAGAUGUGGCCAUGUUCAAUGCUGUUCUCCGCAAAUCUGGUGAUGAGAUCCCAACCGAUCCACAGUCUGAUCCCAUCGGUGAGUCCAAGGUUCUCCCUAUCCCAGUAGGAAAGUUGAGCUUCAAAGCAGGGGCGCAACUGAAGAAUGUGAUUGGAAACUGGUCUAGGUGGCUCACUGAUCAUUUUGGUGUUGACGACGGGGACUUAACUGAAGAUGGGAAUGGAAAUCUCAGCAAAUAUGAAAGCCAAGAAAAAACAUCUAAGCCGUUCCAUCUCUUAAAUGCAUUGAGCGAUCUGAUGAUGCUGCCAAAAGACUUGCUUCUGAGCGGAUCUGUGAGAAAGGAGGUAUGCCCGACAUUCGGUGCACCAUUGAUCAAGAGGGCCUUAGAGAAUUUUGUCCCAGAUGAGUUUUGCCCCAAUCCUGUUCCAAAAGCAGUGCUCGAAGCAUUGGCAUCUGAGGAAACUACGAACUUGUUGGCAUGCUCACCGCAAAAAGCACCUCUAAGUCGGAGUCCAUACGAAUUCUCACAUUUCAGCCUCGAUUUCUGCAGGAAAAUCAUUUGGAUGGUGAGGAGCAUUCGUUCACGAGCUACCCCUGCAUUGCAGCUCCCCCUGUUUAUUCACCCCUUUCAGCAGCUUCCAUAUCGGGAACUCUCACUGAUGAUUUCCAAAGCGAACCCCGACUGAGAAAGAGCAGGUCAAUUUUGCUCACAAAAGAACAGAACAGUGAUGAUGAACUCGAUGAACUGAUCUCGCCAUUAGCCUCAGUCCUCGUCGAUGGGUCCCUAUCUUCGCCGACUUCAACUAUCCCUAGUUCGAUCUUGAAAGGAAAUGGUGUCGGGAUUGCUCUCAGAUACGAGCUACUUCGGGAUAUUUGGAUGGACAGCUAGUAGCUCAUGUCAUGGGCAUUAUACAAGUGUACAUGGGCAGGCAUGAUACAGACGAAUAAAAAAAUACUGAAAUGUAGCAUUUCUUUUUCGAGCCAACCAUAUGUCCUCAGUCUAUCGGGUUGAUAAUGGUCCAUACUCAAGUGUUGGCUUACCCUAGUCGCGAAGUUCUUCCGGUGGGCCGGUAGCACCUCGUAUUUUUUUGUCCUGUUUUUGAUGUUUCAAUAAUGAUUACUCUGAGAAUUGUGUCAAUGGAAUUAUAAACAAAAGCAAAAGAAAAAUGCUUCGAGUGUUUACAUAAAGAAUAUAAAGAUUGUCAAUGGAA